AGUCACUCGCCGAAAUAAGUUUUUUUGUGUGAAGAAGACAAACCUGCUGAAUGGAAAUGUUCUAUAAGAGAUGAAAAAAGUCCAUGUUAAUGGAUUAGGCCUGAACAUGGUCUCCCGCUGGACCAACAGGGACACACUGGAGAGGAACGUGCCUUUAAUACGCCUGGAGGAUGAUGCUGACCUCAGGGAAAUCUAUGAAUUUGGAAAGAAAUUGGGUCAAGGUAGCUUUGGAGUUGUUUAUGAAGCCACCCACAUUGAGACACAGACAAAAUGGGCUAUUAAGGAGGUUUGCAGACCAGUGGCAGGAAGUUCAACAGCCAAGAUGCUGUGGCAAGAAAUAAACAUUCUCAAACAAGUGAAUCAUGCUCACAUAAUACAUCUCCAGGAAGUCUACCACACGGCUAAGAUUACUUAUUUGGUUACUGAGCUGUGCGUUGGAGGUGAACUGAAGCAGCUGUUGCAGCAGAAAAAGUUCCUUACAGAGGACGAGACAAGGCAUAUCAUCUGUAGCUUAGCCGACGCCGUUGUCUACCUUCACAAAAGAGACAUAGUGCACCGGGACUUGAAACUUGAGAACAUUCUUGUGACGAAUUAUCUCAAUGAGGAUGAUGAUGGCAAGAUUAAUAUCAAGGUGACAGACUUUGGAUUAUCGGUGAAGACAGGUGGUGUAGGGAUUGAGAACAUGAUGACGGAGGUCUGUGGGACUCCUGCCUAUAUGGCACCUGAAAUGAUGAGCGGCCGUGGUUACAGCCAGUGGUGUGAUGUGUGGAGCAUAGGAGUCGUUAUGUAUAUGUUGCUGUGUGGCGAGCCUCCGUUUGUGUCCAAAACAAAGGCAAACCUACUGAAGAAGAUUUUGAACAAAGAAGUCAAAUUUACUCAACCCAUCUGGGCCACAGUCAGUGAUGCAGCAAAAAAUAUAUUGACCUGCCUUCUGAAGGUGGACCCGGCUUACCGCAUGUCCGCUAAUCAGCUACUAGAAAUCCCCUGGAUUACAGGUGACACUAAUGUGCCUGCUAUGCCGUCCAAUGUGCUGGAGAUGAUGCGCAACGAGCUGGAACUAAAAAAGAAAACACAGACUGUGGGGGACGCGUCCCUCACGUCUUCUGAGGGCACGCCGGACGCAUUCCCGCUCCCCCGGGGAGCUUCAACAGAAACAGACAGCCACUGCAGGAGCCCCGCUGAGAGGGACAGCCGCUUCUGCCCACCCUCCACGUCCACCAAGCCGUCUCAUGCUGGUGUGAAAGCCUACACACCGCCGAGUGCAAAGCAGCACAGGCCUCGGGACAAGAAGGACGUCAGUACAGGACAGAAACCAGCCUCUGAGCUCAGUAAGGCAGAAGCUCAGAGACAUUCUACCUCCAGUAAAAGUAGGACUGUCCCCCACAACUCUUAAUUUAAAAACAAACAGAAGCAAGCCAUAUAACUUGAGAACGAGUGAGAGAAAACACACAAGUGUGUUGGCAAAAGAGAGUAAGCAAACAAGAGACAAACUGAGCUAAACUGAUA